AUGUUUUUCUCCAAUGAUCUCUUGACCAAACGACACCGCUCUGGUUGGAGUCUCUAUUGGCUAGCAGCAGUCAGCGCAAAUUUCAAGUCGGCGGUCACAAGAUUAUCCAAAAAGGAUCUCUUGAAUGCCAACUUGCCCGAAGCAUGCUCAACGUUGAGCCAGCCUCCCGAGCCACUAGCACUAAGGCUGAGCAGCGCGUUACUACUUGGAAUCGUACGAGUCUAUGGCCAUAAAUGCUCUGCGUUACAUCUCCAGGUGCAGCAUGUUGCCCAGUCGAUCAAGACCGUUUCCUUCCUCACCGAAGACAAUAAUAUCAUUGCGACCGCACAACAUUCCCGCUCUCGAUCAAGAAGUCAGGUUGUCAUAGAUGGUGCUGCCACCCUGAACGUGGGAACAGGCGGUAAUACGUUUGCUCGCGCGAGGGAUCAAGAACACAUAGGGGAGCUUUUUGGGUUUGAGGAACCCGAUCCAUUCUUAUUUGACCCGAAUUUUCAUGAAGGAGAGGCCGACGAUCUCUAUCGAGGGUUUGGUGCUAUACUAGUUGGAGACAAACCCACAAGGAUCAGCUUAACAGCUUCACGAAGCGAUAGCUCUUCGCGUCGCCGUGAUCCGUUUGUCUCAAAACCGUCUGAAAUCAGUUUAUCGGGAGGGUCCUUAGGAUUGGGGCCAUUCUCAACCCAUGCAGACGACCCCAACGGAUUGAAUGAAUACCUGGGACAGGGGUUGGACUUUGAUGAUUUGGGUGGUGAAGGAGGAGAUAUCAACCUCGGAAUCAUCCCCGAGACCAAUGUUAAUCCGAUCCUAGAAGGCCAAAGGAUCCGCCAACCCUCUAGCAGGUUCGGGAUCGAAAGCGAAGUCGGAAGAGCUUAUCAAGGUAGACACAGGCAUACUUCGAUCAUGGGCAUUCCAAUGAGCCCAGCUGGGACUCAAAGAACUGCGGAAAAUGUUAGAGAAAGUAGGCUUCCCGAGGGUCCAGAACAACAUUUCGAAUUUGAGCCUACUUCCCAGUUCAUCAAUCCCGAACUUUCUCUCCAUGAUGGAGAGGAGCAGCUCGAUACUCUUGGUCCAGAAUCUCUGGAGAAACUUCUCUCACUCAAGCGCAAAGACGAAUCACAACCCCGGCUGGACCGUCGAAAAUUCAUCAAAGUCUUAGUAGAUCCGGUCACGUCCCUGAGUGCAGAGAAUGUGAUGAAUAUGAGACAACAUUAUCGUGUAGAGCGUUUAGAGAGAGAAAAUAAGUACCAGAAUCGAAGACUCCAACAACUUAUGCAGGCACGGGCCAAGGAAUUGGUUUAUGGGAUCCCACCUUACUGUCUGAUCCAGGCUUCGAACUUGAGAGAAUUAUGGAGUGACUGUGUUAAGGUGCCAGAGGCAACGAGACAAGCAGUCGAUAGACCUCUAGAGGAAUACCAAGGCGCUGAUAGGAAUGUGGAAUUGGAAUUGCCUUCUUCCCAUUCUGAUCAGACAGACCACAGAUAUGCCGGUCCCGGUGCUGGUGGGCCUUUACAGGGCUCGGAGGUUCACGAUGAAUCAUUUUUCAACCCACUCGAGAAUAUUCCAUGGCAGAACUUUGAACAAAAUAGAAAUCAGAUUGAGCCUUUCCUGGGGGAAGAACCGGAGAGAAUAGAAGAAAUUGAAGAAGAUGUGAUGGGAAGACAACGAGCACCCAGUUAUGAAAGUAGCACCCACAGACUUUCCUCGAGUCAGGUCCUCCCAUGGAACCGCCAAGGGUUGUUGGCAGCAGGCGCUGCUGAGGGAGGAUAUGAAAGUGACUAUGGUGCACUAGACUCCUAUGGAAUGGAUGCUGGAGAAGCAAGUGGCAGGAGAAGCUCACAAGUGAGGAGGGAAACACCCGUGCAUUUACGGCGCCGCUCAUCAUUACUCUCCUCUCGCGAGCCUACGCGUAUCUCGUCGACUUCUCAGCAGAUCAGAUCAAGUUUGAUCCCAAGAAAUAUCGAACAACUUCAACAAAUCGAAACCGACCCAGACGCAUUGAACUUUCUAGCCUGGUCUCAGAGUCGAAUCGACGAUCCCAGUGAUUUCCUAUUCAGUGAUCUUGCGCCAGUGGCAAGUACGAGUAGUCCAAUCGCUGCACAGGCAUUCAUCAAAGUCCUCUCGUUAGCAAGCCAGGAUUUGAUUGAAGUGAUUGAGCAGGAUGAAGCGUAUGGUGAGAUACGUUUAAAAAUCCUAGCCCCGGGGCCUUGA